AUGGCGGAAGCCUGUGCGGCACAGGUGGAUUCUGACCAGGAGACUCCUGCAGCUGUCGCCACUGGAGAGCAGGUGAGCGAUGUGGCCCUGGACUUCGGGGAGGAGUCCAUGCCAGCGAGCUCCGUUUUGCUUCGCCUGGCUUCUCCGGUGUUCAACCGCAUGCUCGAGAGUGAUAUGAAGGAGGCACAGCAAAAAGUCAUCAAGGUGGACGUGGCAGUGGCGACCAAACAAGACUUCCAGGUCUUCUAUGCCUUGCUCGGACCCGGCGCCUGGAGCACGGACAAGGUGACGGAAGACAGUGUCGAUGGGCUCCUUUCCAUCAGCGACUACUACCAGGUGGACUUCAUCAAGGAAGCCUGCUUGAAGAAGCUCGCGAACCUGCCCGUCACGGCCCAGCGCUUCGUGCAAGCAAACAAGCACGGCCUCAAGAGGCAACGCGAUCGAUGCCUGCAUGAGCUGGCCAGGAGGGGUGGGGAGGAGGAGUUGGUGAUGCUCCACACUGCCAACUCCGAUCUCUUGCUGGAAGUGGCGCUGAAGAAGCAAAAACUCUUCAAGAACUUCGAACGCAAUGUCCCAGCGUUUUGA